AUGUCUUCAUUAUCUAUCUUAAUACUUUAUAUAAUUUUGACAAGCCGUAUUAUUGAUAAUACAAAUAUUUAUUUUACACAGUCAAUUUAUGAUAUAUGGUGUCAAGAAAAUAUUCUAUCGAAUUCAUUAGUUCUUUAUCCUAAUCGAAUACGAGCAGGAAUUUAUCAUACGUCGAAUAUUAAAUCUGUCGUAUAUAAUCUUAUUGAUGAUGACGAUGAUAAUAGUUUAUUUUCGAUUAAAACAAAACGUUUAGCUGAUUUUUAUUUUUUUAUUUUGAAUAUAACACGACCGUUUGAUAUCAAUCGAGAAUAUCAAAAUAUUUAUGUGCUACGUCUUCAAGCGACUGUUAUUACUAUUGAAGGCAAUUCGACUGAACAAGCAAAAAUUCACCUUCAUGUAGCCGAUUCCAAUGAUAACGACGCGGUGUUCGAUUUGGACGCAUACGAACAAAAUUUCACCGAGCCUAUUGAAAUGCAACAAUCACUGAUAAGUUUUCAUGCAAGUGAUGCGGAUGAAAUUCAACAUGCACAAAUUCUUUAUGAACUAUCAUCGUCAUUCAAUGAUACAUUUUCACUUCAUCCCUAUACAGGAGAAUUAUAUUUAGUAUCGAAUAAUGAUAAUUUACAAGCGAUUUAUGAAUUUGAUGUUCAUGCAUAUGAUCGUCAUCGGAAAUAUUUUGUUAAUAAUAAUAUAAAAACGAAAGCGCAUGUUAAAUUAAUUUUUCAAGAAAAUAAUAAAAUUUUACACCGAAUACAAACAAUUUUCAAUCAGAUCAUUGAAUUCAAAGACGUGAUUUCAACAUAUAAAAUUCUAUUUAAGAAGAAUACAAAUUGGAAUUAUCAUAAUAUUCAUCAACCAAUUUUAAUUAUUCAAACAUUACCUCGGAUAGAAUUCUUUGAAAUAUUUCUCUUAUUGAACUCGUCAUCGAAUUCAAUCGAAUUAGUUUUUCAUCAAAAUAAAAUUUAUCUAAAUAAAUUUUAUUCGCAAGAAUAUAACCUUCAAUUUUUCAUUUGUUUCUUUAAUCGUACGCAAUGUCAAUAUGCAAAUUAUGAUUUAACUUAUUCAAUCGAUUGGAAUUUAUUUCAAUUUGAUGUCAAAACAAUUCAACCAAUCGUCAUCGAAGAAAAUCUACCACAAAAUUCAUUUCUAACCUAUAUUCAACUUCAAUAUAAUCAUAUUGUUCCUGAAGAACAAUUAAUUAUCAAUUAUCAAUUAUUAAAUAAUCAUAUUCAAUUCAAUUUAGAUCCAAAAACUUCUAUUUUACGCCUUGGUAAAUAUUUGAAAUGCCAAAUAUAUAUCUUAGAUAUUCAAGUUGAUAUUUAUCUCUCAAGCGCACGUUAUUCAGUAAAAACUACUAUUGAAAUUGAUGUUAUUGAAAUAAAUAAACAUCGACCUCAAUUUCAUAAUCAAACAUUAAUCGAACUCAAUGAAUUGCCAUAUAAAUUUCGAGCCUUUGAUUUGGAUGAAAAUAAACAAACAAAUGGGCGCAUUACAUAUUGCUUAGGAAAUUGUUUUACUAAUUGUCCGUUUGAAAUUAAUCCGAAUAGUGGAAUUCUACAGCUACGCAAGCAAGAAAAGUUCAAUAAAGCACAAGUUUAUCAUCUGCAAAUUGUAGCGUUCGAUUGGGGCGAACCGAUUAGUUUUGAAGCGAAAAUUGACAUAUAUAUUGAUUUAUCAUCAAAAUUAGUUAGACGAGAUUUAACAGGAAAAUCGUCGGAUACGAGCUUAUGGGCAAACCAAUCAAUUUCAAUAUUACCGGAACAAAGUUAUCCUGCAAAUACGAAGAUAAUCUGUCUUAAUAUUGGCUUUAAUCGAAAUUCAACAUUUUAUCAUCUCGCUGAAGAUGCAGAAAUAAAUACAAUUAUCGAUCGCUUAAUAAUCGAAGAUGAUUCGUUUCCUUUGUUUAUUAAUAAUGAAAAAGAUAAUCUGUUUUUCUAUACAAUUAAUGAUACAUCGGUACCAUUUACUAUCGAUCAAAAUGAGAAAACAAUUAAACUAAUAAUGCCUAUUGACCGUGAAAAACAAGACCGAUAUACAUUCGAAAUAGAAUUAGAAUUAAAACCUACCUAUGCAAUGAAAUUACAAGAAAUAAACAGUUCUCCCGAAGGAAGCUCACUAUUUCAUUUUCAAUAUUCAAACAAAUAUUAUCAAAAAAUUCUCGUAACAAUUUAUAUCAACGAUGUCAAUGAUAAUAUUCCUCGUUGCGACGAAUUUCAUAAACAUAUUUACCUGAACGAAAAUCAAAUACAAACAAAUAUUUUCCAUGUUCAAGCCAUUGAUCCUGAUCAAGGUGACAGCGGUACGAUUGUCUACUCAUUACUUGAUAACAAUCAACAUUUCACUAUUAAUUCUCACACUGGACAAAUUGAUUUAAUUCAACAGAUUGAUCGCGAAAAAAAAACUUUUCUCCAAUUAUACAUCAUCGCUUCAGACCAAGGCCAACAACUACAACUACAGUCAAUUUGCAUGACACUACACAUCACCAUAGUCGAUAUGAAUGAUAAUAUUCCUCGAUUUUUACUGGCCAAUUAUACGUAUCAGCUUUUUUCUGAUCUGCCACGCGAUACAAUAUUUGGUCAAAUUCAUGCAAUCGAUUUCGACUCCAUGAAUAACCUAAUUUAUUCAAUCGAUCCAAAUCCAUAUGUUAAAAUAGACCAGUACACUGGUCAUCUUCGAUUGAAACAUAAUAUAUAUCACAUGAUUGAUCAAACUAUUAAUAUUACAGCUCAAGUAUCCGAUGGUUUACAUGUGAAUUACACAGAUAUUUCUAUUUCUAUAAUACGUGUUACGGAAAUUCAAGAGCCAAUUCUUUUACGAGAACCAGCUUACGAAAUAAUGAUUAAUCGAUCGUUACCUAUAGGAACAAUUGUUACCAAUGUUUAUCAUGAUCUUCGACUUUUAGAAUCAUCGGUGGAUUUCAUUGAUAUCAUUCAUGAUGAUAAUGCAAUGCCAUUUGCCAUUGAUCAACAAGGUUCGAUUCGACUUAUUCAUUCAUCAGCUGAUCUGUCUAAUGCAACGUAUUGGCUAUCGAUUCGUUUAACUCGGUAUCGUGCUCAUCCGCCACAUUCAUUUGUUCAUGUUCAUAUAAGUGUCCGAGAAGAUAAUUUCUAUUCGCCGCAAUGCGUUGAUAUUUAUCAGAAUGUAAAGAUUUAUGAUUAUUCAAUUCCAUCGAUAUUUGCUUGUGUUUCAGCAUUAUCAUUCUAUGGUGAUGUUCAAUUUCAAUAUUCCAUAGUCAAUGAGAGUAUAAAGAAAAACAUGUUUUCUAUUGAUAAAGAAACGGGCUCUCUUCAAUUGAAUCCAGCUAAUCAUAUAGCACUAUCGAAUUAUAUGUUAACCAUAGAAGCUCUGGAUAGGCAACAUCAAUUAUCGGUUGAUUGUUAUUUAGAAGUUAAUCUGAUUCGACGAAAUCAGUUAACACCAACAUUUUUCUAUUCACCAAUAUAUUAUAUUGAUUUAAUUGAAACUUCAUUCAAUAGUCAACGAUUGCGACAACGUUUGUUUCAAGUUAUUGCUUUAUUAGAUCAUAAAGUAUACGAUAAAAAUAUUGAAGUACGUUAUCAAAUUAUGGAUUCUAAUCAAUAUUUUAUUAUUAAUCGUCAAAGUGGUUACAUAGCUUCGAAACAAAUAUUAGAACCUAAGAAAAUCUACGAAUUUAGCGUUGAGGCAUUUACAGUUGCAUAUCGUGAUGAUGUUGAACACGAUGAAAUUAUUCUUAGCGAAUCUUCGAUUCGUGGUAAAUGGCGUGUUGUUUCAUCUCGAAUUAUUUUACCAAUAAAAAUUCGUGUUCUACCUGCAAACGUCUUUGAUCGUUCAUUAUCGUUUACGGAUGAUUCGACUAUUGAUAUUAACUUAUUGGCAACAACUAAAGUUGGUUCUACAUUAGUACAACUUCAAAUCAAUAGCAAUCGUACACAAUGGUUCAUUAUGAUCGGCCCUAUUGAUCAUACACGUUAUUUUCAUGUAAAUUUUCAGUCUGGUGAACUUAUUCUUAUUCGUCCUGUUGAAGAAUUAAUGAAUGGAACAACAAAAAUUGAACUUAACAUUAAUACAACGAACGAUUGGAUUCAUAUGGCUACAAUUAAAGUGAUGGUUCAUAUUAUUGAUGAUAGACAUCCAUUGAUUUCUUUUUCUCGAGUGGAUUAUUAUACUACUGUGUCAAGAACGAUUCCAAUCGGUAGUCGCAUAACAGAAUUAACCAUUGAGAAUUCAUUGGAUAAUUGUACAUAUCAUAUUCAUUCAGCUGAAAGAAUUAAAUCGAAGAAUUUAUUUCGCAUCGAUCCAAAGUCAGGUUCAAUAACUAAUAUUCAAUCAUUAGGAAAAUCGAUGAGUCAAAAACAUUUAUUAACUAUAAUACAUCGCUGUGAAAAUCUUUCACAAAUCGCCUAUGCACGUUUACACAUCGAUAUUGUCGAUGAGGAAACUCCGAAAAAUCAAACCGAUUAUUCAUAUCGAUUUAGUCAAGAUAAUUAUUUAGUUAUAUUUGAAACCUCAUUAAUAAAAAAUCAAAAAAAAUAUUUAAUUGAUUUGGAAUUAAUUAGUAAUGGUCACGAUGAACAACGAAUAAAACCAGAUGCUCAAAUUAUCGAAGGUGAUCCAUUAGGUCUAUUUUCAAUCGAUUCAUCUAAUCAAUCGAUACUUCUUCUUGAUGAAUCUCGUUCUCGCUCUUAUACUUAUCCCAUUGAAUUAGUUAUCAUUGAUACAUCACAAAUCAAGCCCAUAUUUUGUAUUGUAACUAUAUUUAUUUCGAAUGUUGGUCUUCAAUUCACGUGUCCCUUGGAUUCAAAUACUUCUCCGAAUCUUUUUACAUACAAAUCCAUCCCUCCCAAUAGUAUUGAUCCGUUAACCGGUCAAAAAUAUCACCACUAUGAUUCGCUCAUUAUUCACGGUUUGGAUACAUUUACCCCUGCGUAUCUUGCCACGUGUUUAAUCGAUUUCGAAAUAAAAUAUUCUAAUGAAACCAUUGAAUUUGUAUUUGAAAAAGAAUUUUAUGAUGGUUAUGUCAAUAAUUUAUUCGAUUCUAAAUCAUUUGUCUAUUCCAAUCAAGAGCCAACGCAACUCGCAAUAAAAAAUCGAAAUCAAUAUACAGAUUCAUUUAAUAUUACGUAUCAAUUGAUGAAUCAAACGAAUAUUAAAUCCUUUGAAUUAGACCAAUCUGUUGGAAGAGUAAAAUAUAUUCAAAAUAAAAAUUCAUUUAUUAAAUAUUCACUUCUUAUUCUCGCACGAUAUCAAUCCUUAAUUGCAUCGACACGUUUAAAUAUUUUUAUUAAAGAUUCUAAACAAUUGAAUUACAAAUUUAUAUUGUAUAAACCAUUUGUUAAUAAUUAUACUAUUGGAUAUCUGAAUGAAUUCGGUACAAAUCUUAGAAUCUCCAAUAAAAAAAUUUCAUCGAUGUUUUCUAUUGAUCAUACUGGAAGAUUAUUUGUUAGAAAUCAGGCAUUAAUUUUAGCAAAUGGAAAUUUUUAUACUUUUCUUGUUGGAAAAAAUCGUGUUCAAAUUAAUAUUUUAUCCAAAGAAACAAUUCAUUGUUCAUUGAAUACAUUCAAUCUUCCCAAUGACGAUCAAUUAAUUGGUGUUAUUGAAAUUUUAAAUGGGAAUAAAAAUCAUUCGAGAAAAAAGUCGUGUUAUCUUUUGAAUUAUAAUCAUUUAUUUCUAUUGGAACGUGAACAUGGCUUCCUACGGUAUCGUAAUCAAAAGCAAUUGAUUAUGAAUGAUUUAAUACUUUUGAUUGAAAUCGAAAAUUCACGUUGUUUAGUUACAUUCAAUGGAUUUUCAUCAAUACCGUAUAUGAUGAUUAGGAAAGGAAAUAAUUUAGACAGAGAAAUUGAAAAGUUAACAGAUUUUAAAAAGCAAUCGGGACUCGUUCAACUUCGCAACGGUUUAUUAAUCAAUUUCGACAUCAUUUCAAGUAAAGCUCCCUUAUUCUCUCAAAAAUCAUAUAUAUUUUCACUUGAUAUUACAAAUAAUACAAAUAAAACAAUUUUUAUCGGCCAAAUAUCUGCUCAACCUUAUAAUAUCAAUCGAAGCCAACUUGUCUAUCAAUUCGUUUCGCCAGUAAAACAUUUUACUAUUAAUCCUGAUAACGGCAUUAUUGAAUACAUGUCAAAUAACUACAACGACAAUAAAACAAUAGUGGAAUAUCAAAUUAUAGCUCGAGAUUUAAUUUAUCAACAAAAUACAACAAUCAAUAUAACAAUUCAUAUACUCAAGCCGGAAUUUAUUUCACUCACUUCUCUAGUUUAUUUUCUAAGAAUAUCAGAAAUUCUUCCACCUGACUCUGUCAUCUUUCAACCAAAUAUGUCUAAUGCGGAAAAUCUUCAAUAUUCAUUACACGAUUCAAAUUCUGAUCUUUUUACAAUCGAUUCAAAUACCGGACGAGUAACUCUGAUUAAUUAUUUAUCUGAUCAAUUUUAUUCCUUUAAAAUUCAUAUUUCUCCAAUCAACAAAAUACUCAUUAUUAAAUUAACUGUUCUUGAUUAUAAUAAUCAUCGUCCAAUAUUUUCUAAUUUUCCAUUAAAUUUAACAAUUUCAUCUGAAGAUACAUUUGUAACAAAAUUAUCUGCAUAUGAUCUUGACCCAUCGGAUAAUGAAAAUCUCAAAUUUUAUCUUCUUGAUAAAAAUCAACGGAAUUUUUUUUCAAUCAAUGAAAAAACUGGAAUAAUUACACAAAACUGUUCUUCUAAUCAGACUUUCAUCCGAUUAGAAAUUGCUGUUGGUGAUGGUUUAUACUUAACGAAAACUCAUCUAUCAAUUACUAUCCGUUAUUACUCGAAACAUCGGCCAACAUUUUCUUCAGAUGAAUAUGCAUUUGAAUACAAUAAAAUUCUUGGGCAGAUCUUAGCGUAUGACUUCGAUCCAGAUGAUCGAAUCGUUUAUAAACUCUAUCUCGAGCCCGAUGGCAUUACGAUUGAUCCCUAUUCUGGUUUAAUUAUGAUUCAUAGAGAUUUUUUCCCUCAAACCAUCGAAUUUUUUGCUUCGGCAUCGGAUUAUGCUCAACAAAUAGUCUAUACAAAAGUUCGAAUUAUUUUUCCUAUUCAACCGCAAUUCACUUCAAAUCUAUAUUUCAUUUCGUUGACUCCGCCAAUGACAAUUCCUUACGAAAUUUUUCAUUUGCAACUUGUUGAUUCAUUAAAUCAACCGUUAUCGUUCACUCGAUUUCGCAUUGAUCAAACAAGUUUUAUUGAAAUUACUCAAAAUAAAUUAAUACUGAAACGACAAUUGAUGCUAUCGAAAAUUUAUCAUUUUAAUAUUUAUGGCAAUUGGAAAAAUUUUACAUGUCAAACUUCAAUACAAAUAAGGAUGGCUACAAAGAAUUUCACAUUGAAUAAAAAAUUCUAUGAAUUUUCUAUGGAAAAAGCAAUUUUAAAAGAAAAUUCUUUUAUGGAAAAAUUUGAUGCGAAGAAAAAUUCUACUUUAAUAAUAAAUUCAACGCCAUUAACGAGAAGCAGCUGCAUUGAAAAUUUUUAUAUCAAACAAAAUAAAUUAUUUUUUAAAAAAUUUCCCAUCCUAUCAGAUUUAUGUUUCUUUGAAAUACAAUUAAUCUACGAAAACUCAAUAUCAUUAAGUCAAAUAAAAGUUUUAUUUAUCGAUUCGAGUAUCAAACCAAAAUUUUCAUCGAACAUUUACUAUUUUUAUACCGAUAAUAUUCGUGUAUUUGCAACAAGUUUUAAUGAAAUUCGUUAUAGAUUGCAAACGAAUCCCUAUGGUUUCAUUAUCGAUCCAACCAAUGGAAUUUUAUCAUUUAAAUAUGAUUUCAAUAGAAUGAAAACAUUCCAUCGUAUUCAACUAUUCGUUUAUGCAAUCGAUGAAAAAACACUAUUUAACGAUACUGCUAUCGUUCAUGUUAUAUUUAAUAAAGCAAAUCAACAAUUUAGUAUACCUAGGGAGAUUUCAGCAUGUCAGAAUACAUCAAUAUUGAUUUCAGAUCAAACUCUACCAGGUAAGACAAACCCAUCUUCCAUACGAUUAGAAAGACCCAUGAAAUCUUUUACAAAGGGGAAAUUUUCAAAUCCCAAAGUUCAUCAUUUCUUUUUCUUAGGUACAAUCAUUCAAACUAUCCAACUGAAUAAUAAAAAUUCAAAUUAUUAUUAUAUUCUCUCCGGAGAUAAAUACGGCCUAUUUUCUAUAAAUAACUUGGGCGAACUUUCGUUAGUUUCGUCAAUACUCAAUCAAACUUCUGAUGACUACUUUGAAUUAAUUAUUCUUAUGUCGUCAUUAUCAAAGUCCUAUUGUCGUACUAAUAUAUCAAUUGUUCGAUCACCGAAUUGGUCGUAUUUUAUCUGUCCAGUAAUGCCAAUUGAAUGGAUGAUCGAAGAAGAAUCUCCCAUUGAUACAGAAAUCGGAAGUAUCAAAGAAGUACUAUUAAUGAUAAAUAAUAAUUCACACUUGGUCGAACUAAUUAAUAUGCAGCUAAUCGGUAACUCUGAUGCACAACUAUUUCAUUUCAACAGUUCAACAGGUUUAUUAACUUCAAAAUCUCGUCUCGAUUAUGAACAAAAACAUAUUUACUCAUUUUUCAUUACUCUCGAGCCGAACGAACUUCAUUGUUCAUUUCCAAUAGUAAUCAAGCUAAUUAAUAUUAAUGAUAACGCAAUAAAAUUAGAUUCAAAAUCAUUAAUCUAUAAUCUCAAUGAAAAUAAUCUUAUUCCUAUCUACAUCGGUCGUAUAAAAUUAAUCGAUAUUGAUCAACUAUUUUUAUUCGAAUAUAAAUUUUAUCUUCGCAAUUUUUCAUCGCAAAUUUCAAUCGAUGUAACAACUGGUUCAAUUAUUCUGCUUGAUAAACUCGAUCGAGAAAUUCACGGAGAAAAAUUGCAAUAUGACAUUAUUGCCAUUGAUCGUACGAAUCAGAAAAAUCUAACCGAUAAAUUCACUAUUUUUAUCAAUGAUUUGAAUGAUCAUGGACCAGUGUUUGAAAAAGAUCUGUAUCAAAUCAGUAUUAAUAAAUCUACUCAGCCAGGAACAAUUAUUUUUCAAGUAAUGGCAUUCAGCUAUGAUCCAAUAAUGAAUGGAAAUAUAAGUUAUUAUUUAAUGAAUUCUUCGUUUAUUUUUUCCAUUGAUAAACACACGGGAGAUAUUCGUUUGAAUGCAUAUAUUCCGUCAGCGAUGACAAGCGUAACAUUAACUGUUCAAGCGAAUGAAGAUGACAUUGAUUUAAUUGAUCGAACAAAUGUUUGUAUAACGAUUAUAAAUGAUGAUUAUAUUUAUUUUACACUGGAAAAUAGAAAUCGAUGUUUUAUUGACGAAAACCAACCUAAUGGAACAAAAAUUUGUACGAUCGGAAAAGAUUCCAUCGAUUUUAUCUAUGAUUUAAUGGAUCCGACGAAUACAUUUGGUAUUUUAUCUAAUAAUGGAACUGUUAUUAAUCGAAAAAUAUUUGAUUAUGAAAUUGAUAAACACGAAUAUAAUGUAUCGAUAAUUGUAAAAGAUCGAAUGAAUCAGUCUAUAUUCAUCACCUCAAUGAAUCUAACAAUACAUGUUCGUAAUUUAAAUGAUAAUUCUCCGGAAUUUCUAACUGAAAAUUUCACGAGACUUUUAUAUCUCUUUUAUCCGUCGAUGAACACAAUUCUUUACAAAAUUGACUUUAUUGAUAAAGACCAAUCAAAUUUAACCUACGAAAUUAUUAAUGAUAUUUCUUCAACUUACACUCUUCGUACCUAUUCCGAUUCAAUCGAACUUCUUCUCAAUAGGCCUAUACUAAACAAUCGUCAAGAUAAUUUAAUUAUUCGUAUUUGGGAUGAUAAUAUAUUCUUCUCAGAUUUAGAUCUUUCUAUAAUUUAUCUUCACGAUGAAAUUGAUUUUCCAACAAUAACAUCACAAACCAUUCAAGGCUAUAUAAAUUUUGAAGAAAACUUUCUUCCCAUUAAUCUCGGCCAAUUAUUUAUUGAAAAUCAUGCACAGUAUGAGUACAUCCAUUUUAAUUUAAUAGCCAAUAAGAACUUUUUUCUCAAACAAUUAUCAAAUAAUCAGACUGAACUUUAUUUCAAACCACUACAUCAAACAGCUUCUACCGAAUAUCGAAUACGUUUGACAGUGAUGGCUAUACCGAAACCAAUACCUGGACUUGUUCUACAAAAUAAUACACAAAUUUUCUUCCCAUCAAAUAUUCAAUUUCAAACGAUUAAUAUUCAACUUCGAUCUAUUUAUCGUGACAUGUUAGAUCGAACAAUAUCCUUACUAAUAAAUAUUCCGUCUAAUUUAACAUAUGAACAAUUUAUUAUUCAUAAUUUAUCCUCCAUACGUCAACAUUUAGCUGAAAUUACGGAUGUAAAUAUCGAUCAUGUUCAUAUUUAUGCACAUGAAUUAAAACAAAAUCAAAUUGAACUACUUGUCUCUAUUCUACAUUCAAUAUCGAAACAUUACAUACACAAGAAAGUUCUUUAUAAUCAAUUAAAAAGUUCAACGAAUAUUUUUGAGAAAAUUCUGUUGAAUCAAUGUGACGCAAAUUCAUGUGAGAACAAUGCUCAUUGUACAAGUUAUAUUAGUUUAUUAUAUAAUCAGUAUAAAUAUUUUUAUUCGAAUACAUAUCAAAGUUUAGUACCAAAAUAUCAAUGGAAUAUAAAAUGUUUAUGUAUGAAUUCGUUCUAUGGAGAACGCUGUGAGUUAAAACAUGAUAAACAAUCUCCGUGUUCAUCGAAUCCUUGUUCAUUAAUGGAACGCUGCAUUGAAGAAAGUUCAACAUUAUAUUCCUGUCAAUGUGUAAAUGAAUUAUGUAAUGAUAAUAUUGUUCUUGAUGAUAAUUCAUUUGAAUGCAUCAAUGUUAAUUCGCCAACAUGUCGUGACGCAUCAAAUGCAUUGACUUUCAAUGGUCAUAGCUUAGUACGAAUAAAUUUUACCACGAACAUGCCACUACGUAUAGAGGUAUCAUUUAGUUUUCGUACACAAUCAACAGACGGUAAAUUACUUGAAUUAAUGUAUUUCAAUGCAACUAAAACGACACAUGAUUUGAUAAUUAUACAAAUUAUUGAUGGUUAUCUUAAUGUUGACUACAAUGAAAAUAUUCUCUUACAAUUAAAUCAACUGUUAAUCAAUGAUGGCCUAUGGCAUGAUAUUUACUUUUCAAUCGAUUAUUCUCAUUACUAUUAUCUUAUUCGGCUUGAUCAUGUUUUUAGUGAUAAAAUACUUUUAUCACAACAAAUUCAUUCCGAUAUUCUUGUACAAUUAAUGAUCGGCAGCGAUUUCAAGGGCUGUUUAGAUAAUAUAACAUUCAAUCAUGAAAUGAUAUUUCUCGAACAAAAAAACGACUCGAUUGAAUUUAUUGGUACAAACAAAGGGUGUCUAUUGACAGAGAUCGUUCGAAAAUAUUCAAAAACAAAUGAUAUCUGCUCAUUAUAUCAUCCAUGUUAUCACGGUGGAAUAUGUACAAAUCAUGGAUUAAGUUUUACAUGCAAUUGUUCACAGUCACGUUUUGCUGGGGAUCAAUGCCAAUUGGAUUUGUAUCCUUGUCAAAGGCAUCCAUGCCAAUAUCAUGAACAAUGUAUACCAUUACUAACUGAUUCUAAUCAAUUAUUUACAUGCGUUCUGUCGAUUGUUCCGUUAUCGGUAUCAAUAAAACGAUAUUUAUAUAUUGUAUUUAUUGUUCCAUUGUUUAUGUGUAUAUUAUCAGUAUUAGCUAUUUGCCAUUGUAGAAAACGAAAAGAUAAUUCGAUAAAAAGUAAACCAUUAGUUUCAGCACCAUUACUUAUUAAUAAACGAUCAUCAUCAACAGAUCCAAUUGAAAAUCCAACACAAACGUUACUCAAAUUGAAUUACAAUGGAAGACAAACAUUUGAAACUAUGUCCUAUGGGGAUAAUAAUGGUCAUAGAAAUUUAAUAAUGGAUUAUUUAAAUAAUAGAAAUAACCAACAAGCUUACCAAUCAUUGAAUCGUCGUUCGUAUGACUCAAAAUCUUAUUCGACUAGUGAUCAAAUUACUGUUCCAUCCGACGAACCUUUUAUUAAUGAUAGUGCCACUGAUUAUGAUAACGCAUAUAUUCCACAAGCAAAAGAAUUAUUCGAUUACUCGUUAUCGCCAAUAAAUUAUUUUAAUGCUCAAAACGCAGAUAAUCAAAUAAGUUAUCAAGUUCGUUUGAAUUCCUUAUCGAAUCUAACAGAAAAUUUCGCCGAAGAAAAUUAUCUUAAUUUAACCGAAUCAUCAGAUGUGUCUAAUAAUAAUAAUGAUCGGAUUCUGUUGUCAUCUUCAAAUGCAAAUCGAGAUCAUGAAUAUUCAUGUCUGAUUAAUCAUAAUGGUAUGUGUACAUCGGUAUCAUCAUUACCAAAAGCAGCUAUCUAUGCUAGAAUUGUUAAAACACAUAAAUUAACAAAUACUGGUCUCGAUAACAUCGAAUGUCAUCGAUUGAGUAGUACAGUGAAUCCAGCUCCAAUACAAUUUCUAAGACAAGUAAAAAAUGACGACAUGAAAACAAGUAAUGCUACAGAUGGUCAACAUCAUCGAAGAAAAUCCAAUAGACUAUCUUCUUUCUUUCAAACUGAUGUAUAA